AUGAAAAAACAAGUGACAUUUGCAGAAGGUCAGACGAUCCACAGGCUUCAUCAGGAUGUGGCGUUGCAGAGAAAUACCAGGGUGAAUAGAUCAAAGAAUGCUUUAAAAGAUGGGGGCAUGAACUUCAACAGUGGUUUGACAAUCAACAGACCAUCCGCUCCAAAUUGUGAACCACAACUCCAGCAUGAGGCGACCAUACAAAUCCCCAAAACCAUGACUGCAGCCCCAUUUCUGAAGCACGCUGCACUCACACCAGCUCAGAGGGAGUAUCUGUACACCAUUGCAGCUUCCUACAGUGCGGCUCACGUGCGUGACCUCAUCACUCAACACUACAUGAACGUGCUGCACAGGUGCAUACAAGCAGGUGGAAACCCUGAAAGAGGCGACCUUGUUGCGUCCUCUGUUACCUCACCGAGGUCGGAUGUGAGUGAUAAACGUCGAUCAGAAGUUUAUUCAAGGGUGAAACACAAGGAGAGGAAAGACACGAGCGAAAAGAAUCCUGGGAAAUCUUCUCUUCCAAAAAUCUCAAACAGACAAGCCAGCCUUUCAAACACAUCAGCGUCAAAACAAAGAAAGAUGAAGAAUCAGAUAAUAACAUCUCCCACACUGACAAGAAAAAGCCCAAGAAGAGCCAGAAUCAGGCUGUUGGAGGACGGAAAAAGGGACGAAAAAGACGACUCUCUGAGUGAAUGUUUGAGUUCACUCUCUGUGGGAAAAUGGGAUGUUGGCACUUUGUCAGAUUUAUGACAUUUUUAUAGAAACUUUAAGCUGUCACAUUAAUAUUCUGCACGGAUAUAAUUUUAGAAAAAAUCUUCAGGUUAAGUCCAACAAGCAUCUUUUUAAUCACAGUUUUUCAUGAAAUUUGAAAUCUUAUACAAGCAACAUACAGCAAUCAGAGCAAGAACAAAGUGUGAGUAGCCUAGCAGCUCAUUUUUUAUUUUUAGUAGUUUAGUGCCCCCAGUGUCUGCAGGAGACAAGUGUCUCUGACAACUUUCUAAAGACUGCUUCCAGGAAAUCACGUGAUCAGUUCUUGAAUCAGCCAGGAUCACAUCUCUUGGCCUGUGCUUAAUUUAACUCUUUGGAGAGAGGACAACCAAAAACACUUU